AUGGCUUCUAAAGAUGGCAAAAUUUAUGUAGCUGGUGGACAAACAACAUUUGAUGGUGAUAAGGGUACCGCUUUGGCUGAGGUUUAUGAUCCUGUCCUAAAUGAAUGGAAACAACUCCUUAACAUGAGUACCAUGAGAUACAAAUGUGUUGGUGUGUCUUGGCCAGGAAAAUUUUAUGUGGUUGGGGGAUUCGCCAGAAGAGAAAAUAUUGAUUAUAAUCAAGGACCCUAUACUAUGGAAAGAAGUUCGGCUGAGGUGUACGAUCCAGAACACGACACGUGGGAUUACGUGGCGAGGAUGUGGAACCCAGAUGUUCCACCUAAUCAAAUAGUGAAUAUUAAUGGGAAGCUUUUUAGCUCAGGUGAUUGCUUAAAUACAUGGAAGGGACAAAUUGAGUCCUAUGAUGGGAAACACAAUAUAUGGUACAUUGUGGAUGGUUCAAGUUCACCAAUUUCUACAUUAGAUGACACACAAAAUAAUUGGCCAAAUUUGGAAAGAAUGUUUUGCACUAUGGCUCCUAUAGGGACAAAGUUGUACUUUUUGGCUGGUUAUAGGAUUAUGUUGGGUGAUAAUUAUAUAUCAAGAACAAGAAGUGAAGUACAUGUUUUUGAAACAACAACAAAUGGGAAUGGAUGGAGAAGUUUAAUUGAACCGCUAGAGGAACAAGGGAAAAAAGAGCUUUGUAGCCAUUCUUGUGUUAUGAAAUUGAAUACUUGA